AUGGGCUCACAACAAUUAAACAACAAUAAUAAUACUCAGCCGCCGCCGCCGUUACGUCACUUCAGUUUGAGUUCAUUAAGUUCACAGAUAAACAAAUGGGGUUCUACUUCAAGGUCAACAUCUCCAGUCAAGAAGAGGUUGUUAUCUCCAAGCCCUCCAUCGUCUUCAUCAAUGUCGAAGAAAAGGAAGAAGAAGCAAGUUGAAUUACAGUGUCAAGAUAGCACCACUGUUGAAAAGGAAGAGGAUGAAGCGGAUGAUUAUAUUCCUUGGUAUAAGAAAUAUGAACCUGCAAGCCUAGAUGAGGUAGUUGUUCACAAACAGAAAUUGAAAGAUGUUAAAGACGUCUUCGAAUCAAUGUUGCAUUCACACAUUUCGAACGAUGAUGCUGAUGGCUAUCCUAGAAUUUUGUUACUCACGGGACCUAGUGGUAGUUCUAAAAGUACGCUUAUUAAACAAUUAGCUAAAGAAUUGAUACCGAAAUAUAGAAAUACCAACGGUCUCAAUAGCAGUGGAACCAUUUCAUUGAUGGGCAAAACGAGAAAACCGAUGGAAGACGUUGAAACUAACGAUAUAAUCGAGUACAGUAAUGAUCUUUUACUCAAUGGGAUGAAAACGAUGGACGCGUUUAGAGAAUUUUUAAAUCAAUGUAAAUAUAAAUGUGGCAAUAAUCUUUCUGUGAUAUUGAUUGAAGAUUUACCUAAUGUUUUCCAUGCAGAGACGAGGUAUAUUUUCCAAAAAAGUUUAUUAGAAUGGUUAUACUCAUCUGACAUAAAGUUGCCGCCUUUAGUUAUAUGUCUUACAGAAUGUGAAAUUGAAAGGGAUAAUUCGUAUUCGUCAUUUACAACAAGUAGUUUUAAUAUUGAUUCCACGUUUACAGCAGAGACUGUGUUGGGGAGAGAAAUAUUAUCUCAUCCUAGAUUGAAGCGUAUAAAAUUCAAUUCAAUAAAUAGGACAUUAAUGAAGAGUCAUUUAAUGAAAUUAUGUGAAGUAAAUAAAGAGCUUUUAAUAAAGAAUGAUAAAUGGAAAGACAGGAUAAGAUUCAUUAAAGAUUUGAUCAGUUCAAACAGUACUACUGGUACCGGUGGUAAUGGUGAUAUUAGAUCAGGUAUUGCGUCGUUAGAGAUGUGGGCACGGUCGAAAUCGAAAACAGAUGAUACUUCAUUACUGAUUGACAGUACAAGAGAAAGUUCCAUAUCAUAUUUCCAUGGAAUAGGUAGAAUUAUUUAUGGAUCUAAAGAUUAUAAAGAUGAUAAUGAAAUGAUAAAUGAUUUGAUACUGAAUAUGAAAGGUAUGGUAGGUAAUGAUACAUUUAAAUUAGGAUUAUUAGAAAAUUAUGGCACAUUCAAUAAGAAUAAAUUUGAUAUUAAAUUAGCUAGUGAAAUUAUUAACUCAUUAAGCGAGGGUGAUACAAUGAAUGACGUAGAAUUAUUCGAAUAUACUUUAAGGAAAAUUCGGUUUGAAUUUCAUAAGAUGAAGAAAAAUGACGAUUCGAGUUAUCACCAUGGUAAAGCUAAUUUUCCUCGAGAAUGGAAGAUAAGAAGAUUGAUGAAUGAAUUUAAAAUAGAAAGUGAAGAUUUCAUUAAUGUCUCAUUAUAUAAAUAUAAUGAAGUCCAUCAAAUGAAUGAUAUAAUUUAUCAAUAUGGAUAUUACGGACCAUUUAUUCGACGAAUAAGGAAUUAUAAAAAGAAGGUUUUAAUGCACUGUUUGAAAAAUAACGGUUCAUCUGAAAUGAUAAAGAAUAUGAUGGAUACCUUGAGUGUUGAUGACAAUAUUGAUUUAUUGAGAAGAAUUGGUGGGGACAUUAAGGUGAUUGAUACAGAACAUUACUUGAUAUCUGAAGAUGAUACAGAAUCGCAAACAAGGAAAUCUUUAGAUUAUCUGUUAAGACAGCGAGAUUACAAACUACAAAAAUUGAUACAUAUGAAAGAGCACAAUGAAUUGAAGGCUUCUCAUGAUGGUGUUGAUACCAGGGAUGACGACACUGACAGGAUUGAUGAAAAAGAAAAAGAAGAAGAAGAAGAGUUACUUUUAAAUGAUCGAAUAGAAGAUAGUGAUAGUGACGAAACGGAUAUUGAGGUAGAUUUUCAUCGGAGUAACAACGCUGCUGAUGAUGAUGCUGAUGAUGACGAUGAUGACGAGUCAUUCUAUGAAAUGUUGUCACAAAAGGCACCUCGAACCAACCAUACUUCAAACAUUCAGCAUAUUAAUGAUGAAUCAUUAUCUGAUUCUGAUAUAGAAAAUUUAUAG